AUGAGUGAUAUACUGACAAAAAAGCAAGAUAUCGAAUUACGAAGAGCAGUCAUCCAAUAUUUGCGUUACUUUGUUCCUGAGUUUGCUCAGGAUACGGCGGUCAACACUAUUUCAAGAUUAUUGUUAGAUGCAGACCUUAAUAAGUUUGAUAACGAGAUCCAAAGGAUGAUCCCUAAACAAUAUCUUGAAAAGAAAUGGACUGCAGUUUUGCGACUUCAUAGAAAGGUAGAGGAAUUAGAAAGAACAAUAGGUUAUCAGUCAAAUAAAGUUGAAAUCGAACUUCAGUCGCAACCCCAUUCCGAUAUUACAUCCAAUUCAUUAGAUAGAAUAAAUUGGGUACCAGGUAUAGAGCCCUUCCAAAAGCUAAACAUGCACAAUGGCCAUCCUGUAACCGCAAUUGAUAUACACCCUUUUCAGCCAAUAAUGGCCACAGCUUCUCAAGAUGGAACAAUAGUAAUAUGGAACCUACUGAAUCUGACAGAGCCUCAGCAGAUUAUUAGGAACGCUCACACAAGAUCAAUAAACACAAUUAAAUUUAUGAACCAAGAAGUUAUGGAUGGCCAUAGCACCAAGAAAAAUAGACUUCUCUUGGCUACUGGAUCUUCAGAUCUUCUGAUUAAAAUUUGGGAUAUUGAAGAUUCUGCCAAUUUGAAAGCUUUGAGAACACUGACAGGCCAUGAAAAUAUAAUCUCAUGUCUUUGUUUUCAUCCAACAGAGCCAUCUAAACUUGUCAGCUGUUCAAAAGACAAAACGACAAAGGUUUGGGACACGAGAACGGGUUCCAUUGUUCUAUCAUUUGUAGGCCAUUCUAACUGGGUUCGAUCUGUUGACAUCAAUAGAACAGGAGAGUUUACCCUAACAAGCUCUAAUGACCAUAGUAUCAGACUUUCCAGUUUGUUAACAGGCACUGGAAUUGGACUAAUGAUAGGCCAUGAGCAAGUAGUAGAAAAAGUAAAAUUUCUACCAAUGGCCUGCAAUAAGUAUUUGGAUCAUAUUGCGGGGGUAAAAUUUCAAAACGAAUUGAAAAUCAAUGACGAUAAUUAUAACAAAGUGGACUACAAGUAUUGUAUUUCUGGAGGAAGAGAUAACUCUGUUUGUAUUUGGCUUUUACCGUUACCCUUAAUAAGAUCUGAUGGAACUAUGCAUCCCUCUACCAACCCAGAAGGAAAGCUGAUUUUGAAGUUGACAGAGCACAAAUCCUGGGUCAAAGAUAUAGCUAUACAUCCAAAUAGCAGGUUUAUUAUUUCUGUGGGUGAUGAUCGAAAAAUCAAUAUUUGGGAUCUCGGUUUAUUGCUGGAGUCCAACUUGUUGCAGCCCUUUCGAUCAAUAUCAACUCAAGGGUUCCCAAGCACUCUUUGUAUGGCAAAGCCAGUAAUCAAAGAUCAGGAAUCCGACGACUUAAUUUUAUUGAACGAAGCUAUGCGAUGUUACUUGGCCGUGGGCCAUUCAGACGGUACAGUGACUCUAUGGAAAAAAAAUAUUCAAAAAGAGUACAUUCUAUAG